AUGUUGCUAACCUUACUACCUCUAUUGUUCUCGGUGUUGGGGACCAACGCCCUCGAUCUCCAGAUCGAUUCCUCGGCAUCUAUUUGUAACGAUUCCCAGAAAAUCGUUGAUGGUAUCCUUAACUACUAUGAAGGUUUGAAGUAUGGAGGAACCGUGGGGAUGUUCUCCGAACCUUACUAUUGGUGGCAAAGCGGUGAAGCGUUUGGAUCUUUAGUGGAUUUCAAUUAUUUGUGCCCUGGUAACUCCACAUUAGAAUCAAUAAUCCAUGAAGGGAUCACUACCCAAUUGGGUUCCAACAAUGAUAUGAUGGUGGCCAACUUCAGUACCUCCGAAGGUAACGACGAUCAAGGUGUUUGGGCGUUGACCAUCAUGAGUGCUGCCGAAAAAGGCUUCCCUUCUCCUAGCAACGUCAGCUGGGCCCAAGUAGGCGUCAACAUUUUCAAAGAUAUGUUUAGCCGUUGGGAUGAUACUUGUCAAGGUGGGAUCAGAUGGCAAAUCUUCCCUAACAAUAACAAUGGUUACAGUUACAAGAACAGUAUUUCCAACGGUGCCAUGUUCACCCUUGCCACCAGAUUGGCCAGAUACUACAACGAUACCAAAUAUUUGUACAUUGCCGAUUUCAUUUGGAGUUGGGCUGCUGAUAUUGGAUUUGUCGUGGAAAAUAGUACCGACAUCACCGUGUACGAUGGUGGGGAUAUUUCUGCCAACUGUCAAGACACCAGUGACGAGUUUUGGUCGUACAAUUAUGGGGUUUUCAUGAUGGGAGCUGCCUAUUUUUACAACCAGACCCAAGAAGCUACUUGGUACAACAGAGUGGAAAAGCUCUUGAACUCCUCCAUCGAUUUGUUCUUCACCGAUGAUGGCAUUUUGUACGAAUCCCAAUGCCAAAUAAACUCCACUUAUAUCACUUGCAACAAUGACCAACGUUCCUUCAGAGCAAUCUAUGCUAGGAGUUUGGCCACUACCAGCAUUUUAGUCCCUUCAUUAUACGACAGAAUCUCUGGGCUCCUUGAAUCCUCUGCUAAAGCUGCUGCCGCCAGUUGUUCUGGAGGAUCAGACAACGUUACUUGUGGUUUGGACUGGUCCAAAGAUGGUUGGGAUGGACUUUAUGGUUUGGGUGAAGAAUUGAGUGCUUUGGAAGUCAUCCAAAACUUGUUGAUCAAGGAUACUGGUGCUUACGCUACAAGCGGCUCCAAUGCCUCAUGA